AUGAGCUCCAAGGUUCUUAAACUCCUUGCCCUCGCUGGCCUUCUUGGGGCAUCCGUAGCGUGUUCGACCGAAUCUGAUGUCGAGAUUACCUUUUACGGAUAUCCCGACAACGAUCCUCCCAGUGCGGAUAUUGCGUAUGAUUGUGGUCGUGGUUACACGGCUGGAGGCACCGGCACGUAUGACGACCCUCUCACCUUUGCCACCGCCCCUGGCGAGUUUGAAAAGUGUGAGAUCGUCUACCUCCCGUACCUUCGCAAGUAUCUCCGCUUCGAGGAUACAUGUGCGCAGUGCACCACCGAUUAUCACAACGGCAAGCUCCACAUCGAUAUUUGGACUGGCUCUACUACUUCCAGUGGUGGGGAUACCCAGAUUGACUGCGAAGACUCUUUGACUCCUGAUGAUUCUCAAACCGUUAUUAUUAAUCCGGGCACCUCCUACACCGUCAACUCGGACGAGUUGUUUGCGAGCGGCAAAUGCUAUACCUCGAACGUUUACAGCAAUGCCGAUGCUUCGAGCUACUGCAGUUCCGGUUCUUCGGGCUCGAGCUCUAGCUCUGGCUCCGGGUCCAGCUCAUCAUCAUCCUCUUGCUCCUGGCCAGGCCAUUGUGCUGGUGCUUCCUGCUCAACCGAGAACGACUGUUCCGGCACCCUGACUUGCCAGAGUGGCAAGUGCGCUUGA